UCUUCUUUUAGUGGGCCGCCAUCCACCGACACCAACACACCUCACCACCACCACCUUCCAUUCAGACCCUCAUCACCAGCAUCCGCACUCAUCCAAGACAGCCGGACCACUGAAUUAACUACCACCAUCAGCGUCAUUGGCCGUCAUUUUCACUCGUAACCACGGGCGUCAUGGGUAAGGCUCUGGGGGGGAUGAAGCCGGCGGCGGGGAGCAAGGCCGAAGCGGUGUGCCAGCAGGUCGGGGACUUGUCGCGACGUAGGGUGCGACGGCUCAUCCUGGCGGUGGUGGCGGUGUUCCUCUUCGCCCACCUACUCCGCCUCAACCUGCAGAUCUACGGCAACUCCUACUCGCUCUACGUCAACACCUACGAGCCCGAGGCUUCGAAAGAGAACAGUGACAGUAAGGAAGUCAAGGCAAGUAACGGUGAUGUGAAAGACGCCGACGAACCCAAUGCGCCAGUACCGAAGAAAACUAAGGAAGCCGUAAAGCCGACUGCGAGGGUGAAGGAAAAACUACCAAAGAAGAUCGCCAAGACUAGACCCGCGCCUGUAAAGUUGACCCCUGCAAAGCCACCUGACCAAGCUAAGGCACGCCCCAAGAUGUCCCCGCCCCGCACCACGCCAAGCCCCCAGCCCAAGGUGAAAGUGAAGCCCGUCGGGAAGAUGAAGACAAGCGACGACAAGCCUACUACAAGCGACGUCAAGCCUACGACAGCCGAGGUCAACAAUAAGACGAAGAAAUGUCCUCUCGUAUCUCCCAAGCUCGUGGGCAUCGUCAAGCCGGACCUCUACCCACCGACUCUAGAGGUGCAGGAAACUCUCCAUCCCGAACUCAGACCGGGCGGACACUACACACCGACUGACUGCACAUCCUACCAUCAAGUUGCAAUCAUAAUCCCGUACAGAGACCGGGAGGAGCACCUUACAAUCCUCAUGAACCACCUCCACCCCAUCCUGCAGCGCCAGCAGAUCGAUUACUCCUUCUUCGUCGUGGAGCAAGCGGGCGUGGGGAUGUUCAACCGCGGGAUGCUGAAGAACAUAGGCGUGCUGGAGGCCAUCCGGAGGCGCCGCUACACCUGUAUCAUCUUCCACGACGUUGACCUACUGCCGGAGAACGACAUGAACCCGUAUACGUGCUUCUCGCAGCCCCACCAUCUGUCCGUGGGCGUGGACACCAUGAAGUACAAAUUACUCUACGACGACCUCUUCGGCGGGGUGGCUUCCGUUGAGGUGGUUCCUUUCCUUCGAGCUAACGGCUUCAGCAACAAGUACUGGGGCUGGGGGGCCGAGGACGACGACUUGGCAUGGCGGCUCCAGAACGGCGGCUUCUUCAUCAGGCGCUUCUCGCCCAUCCUGAGCCGCUAUACCAUGCUGCGCCACGCCAAGGACAAGCCAAGCCCCACCAGGUACAAGUAUCUCAACACGGUGAAGAAGAGGUACAUGAAAGACGGUCUCAACAGCAUCAGGUACCGGGUCCUGGACGUACAGAAGCGCCCCCUGUACACCUGGCUAUACGUGGACCUCUUCCCCUCGUGAGCCGCUGUGUCCUUAAGAGCAGGUGUGAGAGAGGGUAUACCUGGGGAACAGCUGUGUGAGGGGAUGUCUUUCCAUGUGGGAAGGUGUAAAGGGAGGAAGAAGGAAUGGAUUGAUGGAUGUCCCAGAUGUAGAGAACACACACACACACACACACACACACACACACACACACACACACACACACAGAUGCAUAACUGUGUAUAUACCUGCAUUCAUUCCUAACAGCUGUGUGAUGUCAUGCACUUUAAAAGCAAAGCAUCUGAUAAACUUUAUGAUAUGGUUAAUAAGAUAGACAAACUCCAUACCGUCAUUGUAAUUACAUAUGCGGUUGGUAAUCGGUAAACAAGAUCAAAGGAGAAUAAUUGAAAUAUGAAUAAAGCCUUGAAGUGAUUGGAGCAUAAAUACUUAUUCCUGAACUUCUAAAAUUUAGUGAAAAAACUGAGUGUUCUUCAGUGAUUCAUAUUGGUGUUUAAUGUUACGAUAAGAGAAAUGAGCAAAUAAAGGCAGUUAUAGAGAA